UUUGUUUUGUGGUGUGAAAAUGAGAAAAAUUGUUUUAUUAUGGCGAUCUGUUAUAAUUGAAGUAUAGAAAGAAAUUUUCAAUAAAAAAAGUAAAACAUUGAGUGAUUUCGUGGUACGCAACUUAUACAAGUAGAACAAGAUUAAAAGAAUAUACAAAGUAUUCAGCUUGAAUACCUAACCGUUAGAAAUCUUUUUAAAAAACCAGAAACUUUGAGCAAAAAUAGAAUUAAACGACUACAUGUGCAAUAAAAGGAAAAACAUUGGUCAAAAGAUCAAAGUAAAAGGCGUUUUCGGAAUGACUGAAGAAAAUUGAUUUGAUGAGCAAGUGUCACUUCAACAAGUUACUGGAUGGCGGAAGAGGAAACAAGAAGGCUUAAUGAAAAUGAUACAAGAACAAUUUUAUUGGAUACCAAAAUUGAAAAUAGCUGGUUAAAAGAAGAUUUGGACUUGCCAUGGAAGUGUUAUAGGACGCCUUGUUUUAGUCCAUCAGCAACUUUCUGCACUUCAGAUUUUGUUUAUAGUCGUCCGUUUGCACGCGUUGUGAGUGUUUUUGUAAGUGUUUUUUUUUUUUCACUUGCAUAUUUACUAUAUGACGCAUCUACCAAAGUUAUCCGCUUUGAACUACAAUACUCACCGCUUGAGAGUGGCAUUGUUUUUCUUUUAAAAAGACCUGUUAAGGCUCCAAUCUAUUUAUAUACGCAAACCGAUGGUUUUAGAAAAAAUUUAGUCGAUUUAAUAAACUCAGAAAAUAAUUCUUCACGACUUAGAAUGGAUUGUCAGGAGGUUCGAACAGCUGAUCAAUUUUGUUCGGCGCAACCAACUUUUUAUCCCAAAGUAUUUAGAAAUAAUAUGACGUUUUGUGAUUUGCCUUCCAAAACAGAAAUUAUUCCUUGUGGUGUGGAAGUUUUGCGUAUGAAUUUUGAACAUUACAGGUUAACCAAAUUAUUCUCUGUCAGUUAUAAAGACAUAGACGUCGGAAAAGAGUCAUCAGAUAAGUUUAUUCAAGUUUUACACACAUAUUCCCUUAAUAAUGCUAGCCGUUUAAGCAAGUUGCAAGAUGUACCUUCAACACAAAGAAAAUCAUCAGUGAAACCUUAUCCGUACGGUAGUUUUAAGGCCCGAAAUGUUUUAAAUACUAAAUUCGCGUCAAUGAGAAGAACGGAUAAAAUUAAUAAUUUUAUGACUCAAUUAAAAAGUCGGUCACAAAUAAGACCAAGAGAUGCAAGCAAACCUCCGGAAAAAUUACCGUCUUUUUCAUUACCCUCAAAUUUUAAACACAAAGACAUGUUUAGAAAAAAGAAUGUGGGGAAUCAAGAAGAAGAGUUCAUCACGACUGCAGAUCAUAACGAAACAGUUAUUUUUAUUAAUGCAUCAAGAGAAUACCUUUUAUCAGCAUAUCAAAAUCAGUAUUCUUACGAGCAAGAAGCGCGCAACAUUGAAAAACAAAUGAGUAAACUGAAAAAAGGGUUUAUAUGGUUAUCAUCUUACAAUCUUCGAUGGUUUUUAUUAAGACGUUCCGUUGCAACUAGUUCAAGUUUGUUGCUUCAGGGUCGCAUUUCUACAAAUUUGGAAACUGGUAUAUACAAAUUAAUUUUUUUAGAAAAUAAUUUAUCAGAAGGAAGUACUAUUCGAAAAACCGCAGUGUUCAUGUCAUCGUUAUCGUGGUUCGGAGGACAACAAUUUUUCGCUUCAAUUUUGUGCUUUUUUAUUGGUUUACUAUAUUUAACUUUAUGGCUCAUAUGAGUAAGUGAUCGACUAGUUUUUGGUGAAUAGUAAUAUAGAAUUGGCAGAAAAAACAGUGAAAUGUAGGUGAUAUUAUAUGAUCAUAAAAUUGAUUUUUUGUUUUUAUAAAAAAUUGAAAGCAUUAAAGAAUUUCACGAGAAAUAUCGGGGACGACCCUUAUAUAUGUUUAA